UAGUAGUUGUUCCCGCCCAUAGAGUUUCAUACGAUUCCCGCCCUACCAAGUUUUUGUAAUCUGCCAGAAGCGGGGAUGGCGUGGACCUGUGCACAGGAUUAAUAUGGCGACGCACAUAAGCCGCUCAGGUUCGGCUGGCUGGCCGAAAAGCGCGCCACAGGGCCAGUACACGGGAAAAUAUUUGGGAACCAACCCAGCGAACCUUCUAAACUUCACACUCAACCGAACUGUCAACCUGUAUCCUCUGACGAACUACACGUUCGGCACAAAAGAGGCUCUGUAUGAACGAGACAGCUCGGUGCCGGCGCGGUUCCAGCGCAUGAGGGAAGAGUUUGAGAAGAUUGGCAUGCGGCGGUCCGUUGAGGGUGUCCUGCUGGUCCAUGAGCAUGGUCUCCCCCACGUGUUACUACUGCAACUUGGAACCACGUUUUUCAAAUUACCUGGAGGGGAACUCAACAUUGGAGAAGAUGAAGUGGAGGGACUAAAAAGACUCAUGACUGAGAUCUUGGGCCGGCAAGAUGGUGUAAAGCAGGAUUGGGUCAUAGAAGACACUGUGGGCAACUGGUGGCGUCCAAACUUUGAACCCCCACAGUACCCCUAUGUUCCACCACAUAUUACGAAGCCCAAAGAACAUAAAAGGCUCUACCUUGUUCAACUGCCUGAAAAGGCACUUUUUGCAGUGCCUAAAAACUACAAGUUGGUGGCUGCCCCAUUGUUUGAGCUCUACGACAACGCACAAGGAUAUGGCCCCAUCAUUUCCAGCCUCCCCCAGGCCUUAAGCAGAUUCAACUUCAUCUAUUUGUGAAUAAUAAAAUUGGACAUCUAAAGGAGUGUUUAAGCAUUUCACACAUCCCUCUGGCCAUAGGGAGCUUCGUGGAAGGCUGCUGUAGUCAUUGACAAGCCAGUCGUUCCACGCACAUCACCUUCACUCACAGCCUGCUUCACCACACAGAAUGCUGCUCAUUUCCUAUUAAAAUAAAUCGGUAAAGAUAUUGGCCAAACUUUAGCUUUACACCAUUUGCUCUAAAUUAUCAUGCUGGUUAUUUUCUUAAUUUACUAUAUAUGCAUAUGUGAUCAUGAUUGUCAAAAAUUGGGUAAACGGAAAUAUAAAUACAGUAGACUCUCAGUAAACGAAACCUGAAGGGACCGGGAAAAUGUGUUUCAUUUAACAGCAGUUAUAUUUACUGAGAGGUGAACAUGGGUGCAGAAUACAAGCCUGAAACCAAGCAUUGCAGAGGCAAUAGUUCCGUUUAAGCAGUAGUUCCGUUUAACAGACUUUUGUUUACCGAGAGUCUACUGUAUCAGGUUUACUUCAUUCACCUAUGAUUGGUUCAUGCCAUUGCCAUGCUCAUGCAGAUGAAGCUGGCUGAUCGUCUUGGGCACAAGGCGCACAGUACUUUUUCUUAUGUAGUUUCAGAAAGCAGCAAUAUCUCCUUAAGUAGUGCGAAAACUGAAAGCAAUCCUGGUAUUUCUUCUUGAGGGUGAAAUCAUUUUGGAAGAUUUUAGUGUGAUCCUGUGUAGUGGACUUAUGUUCAACCCUGUAUUCUUUGAUGGUUGCGUUUGAUAUCUUGACUGAUUUAUGUUGUUUAUGCUGCUAGUGUGUUUUCGUCUGCCCAGUGUAGAACAUACGCACACACCUGUCCAGCUUUUGCUUGCACCCACGGCCGGGCUAGAGGAGUGGCUUGCGCGCGCUCUCUUGCGGCCUGCGCUACGUGUCUAGUUCUCACCUUUCACCACCGCUGGUUCAUGGCGCUGCGGCCCAACCCUCGCUAAACCCCCACAAACCCUCCUCGACUCGACUUACACCCUUCUCUUGACAGAGUUGGGCACUGCGCCACUCAAGAGUCGCAGCUGAUUAUUGCUGAUAUGCAGUGACUUUCAGUGCCUAGAGACUGCGCUCCCAUCGGCUUUCUCAAGUGAAGGUGAAGCGUUGAGUGAGGGGACGUUCUAAAAUACGGGGGUAAACCUUACUAAAAUAAGGAGGUUUAAAAAAAAUCGCCCAGCGAGUUUCACCUGGCAACCUUUUCGGGUAAGAUAGUGCUCAAAGUGUGUCCUUCUGUUACUAGUUUUUCUUACUAAGCCUCAGAUUCAAGGCAAAUUUUAUUGGAGAUAUACUCGUCUCUGUAUGUUUUUUCAUCAGAAACAACUAUCGCUUGAUUUAUGAUUUAACGUGUGGGGGUGGGGGGGUUUCUCCCUCGAUUUAAAUCCAAACACGUGCUGUUGGUCAAAAUCGAGGUGUCGACCGAGGCCUGCGUUUCGUGUCUAGUUCCCACCUUUACUGCCGCUAGUACUGCCGGCCCAAUCCUCGCCUGCAAUGAUCUGUGAAGAAUUUGCCCUGUUGUUUCCUCUUUCGGUGUGUAGCCAAGAGAGUGCCUGCGGGCCACUCCUCUAGCCCGGCCGUGUUGCACCUAUGUUGCUUUUAAUACUUGGCUCAAGGGGGCACAAAGUGCACAUUCAUGUGUAUUUGUUUUCUAUUCUCAUCAAGGCACAUACAACAUCUUCUACACCUUGAAAUACUAUAUAUACACUAUUUUUAUUUGUGUGAUUUUAUUUGUUUGUAGGAAUCGAGUUGUGUUCCACAUUUCUGCCAUACGCUUUUAGUUGCUGGUAAUUAGGUGGUUGUAUUUUGUGUAGAUUUCACCACCUGCUGUUUUACGUUGAACUUGUUAUAUUGCAGGAAACAUGUUCGUGAGUGCAUUUUUUGUGGCAUACCAUUAGUUAAUAUUUAAGUGCUGAUAAAAAUGUUGACAGUACGAUUUGCUUUCUCUACAGAAGUAGAAUGACUUUCUUUUUUUGUGAUUUUACUACUUUAGCAAAUUAAGUGUUAGAAUGAGCUGACAAGCUUUCCUUCAGCUCCUCUGAAAAAACAUGAAUAUGAGUAGGGACAUGUAUUUGAUGCUGUGUAAGAACAUCAAUAAUAAUUUGUUUAAAUAUUGAUGUGACUAGCAACACUAUACUUUUUCCCCUUUAUAUUCUGUAAUAAGUGUAUUUGCAGAUUUUAAAUAUUUUUUUUGUGCAGGCUACAAGUGAUAACCUGAUGUUGCACUUUUUAAGUUGUUGCCCAAGUGAAGCACUUUUGGACAUAUGCCAUCUGGAGACACUCACAAGAUUCUUAGGCGUGCGCAUGGGGAGGGCAGCCGCCUCCCCCAUUCAUCUAAGAAGGGCGCAUAGUUGAGAGCCCCACACAUAGAGUUUCAUACAAUAAUACCUAGAGCGGAAUCUGGCGCUAAUGUCCAUGCGGGCUCCUUCAGCGGCGCUUGUACCCCAUGGGAAUUAUGGGAAUACAGGCUUCGGAUUCGCUUUAGAUUGAUUACGUUCUUGAGAUUCGUGACGCUUCUUUUCCGGGUGUAAAACAAAGUGGUAUGAACAUAGAUUUAAUUUAAACUUGCUUCAAUUAUUUUUGCACAAACUUUAUUACAAAAAUUUUCGCGGCCAGGCGGCAAAAGUGAAACCUGGGCAUAUUCAAUCAUCGGGGUAUGCAUCACUGUGCCAUUGUGUUCCAGAUUUGGCAUCAGGAUUUAAUCAAUUAUUUUUUACAACAUUUGAAAACAAACACACUUGUUUUUUUUUUCGAAAGUAUGUAUUAUCUAUUUAUAAAAAUAACAGUACAGUAUCAAGUGUGAAACACUUAUCGUUUAGUCUUCUGCGACGCUAGGUGCACCUGUCCCAGUGGUUCCAGUGGUCUGCCCUCAACGCACCUGUGGUUUUGUUGGGAAGUCGAGUCAGGGGAGCGUGACAGUGCUUCUGCUUUGCUUUGUCAUCGCUUUGCAGUCGAUUUAAAAUGAGCUUAGCAAGACGCCCUUGUGAAAAACAUGAACUCAAGCCAAUAUCCUGCACUGGCAUUGGACGCUACAUCUAAACGCAGUGGUGAGUAGACGACGCUUCGUUUAAACUGUAAACUAAGACUCGUAAAGGUCCAACGUCGUAACGUAUCAGAAGAUCUAGUGGUCGUCACCCUCUUUGAACAACAAAGGCACUGUUUCAGCCUUUUUCACCAUACCCCACUACCCGCGCUGCGCAAAGAACGAAACUGAAAAUGUAAAAAAAAGUCCGUAGGCAGUUCGCUAGCUAACCCUAUUAAAUCCGAAGUCUGUACUUCCCAUAACUCCCAUGGAGGUACAUGAUCGCAGCGGCAGAUUCCUCUUUAGUUAUUAUGGUAUGAAACUAUGGCCCCACCCAUUGACAUAAUAUGAAGGGAUAAAGCUUUUAAGGAGGGAGGGGGAGGCAUAGUCAGCCCCGUGCAUAAUAGGGAGGAGGCCGCUGCAACGAACCUUCGCCCCCCUCCCCUCUGAAGGAGAAUUCUGUGCAUGCCUAUGAGUGGAUUGUCAUAUUUUCAUGUGAUCAUAUCUCUGUAAACGCUUGUCACCACUGUGUUUUUUUUUUUUACUGAGCCAGACAGAUUAGCUCGAUAUGUAUGAGCAUGCAUGUGCAGGUGCUGAUCUUGGUUGCACUGUAUAUUGUAUGCUCAGGUAGAGUGCAGUAAAAGAAAACAAUAUUGAGGUGCAUUAUCUACAAAUGUUCUGUUAGUGUGUUAAGGAAAUGGCAUUAUGUAGCAUCACAUUUCUGGGCCAAAAGACAAUGCUCAUCAAAUUUAGCAUUUUCUGGUUUGCUGGCUGGGUGCCUCUCUAGGCAAUGGCAGAAGUCGGUGAAGGGGAAUGUCUGACGGCAACGGUGAUCUCUCUCCUGGGAACACAAAAGUCACAGCUUCACUCACUGCUGUCUUUGGUGUAGUUCUCACAUUGAGAAAACUAAAUAAGAACUCAAACUAAGUGACAUUGUUGUAUUGGACUGGUAGCAGCCAGAAGUGCUCUCCAGCAAAUAAACUUGGAUUAGGUAGGCCAAAGCUUAUUUCACACGUUUGGUGCCACCAGCUUUCUCUAGAACUAUGCUUGCUGACAGUGAUAGCACAAGUCUCUACACAAGGUGGAUCGUGAAAACAUGAACUGAAUUUAACACAUCUUUAGUAGGUGUUUUUUAGUACACAUAAAAGAGUGGACAAAUGUAGACACACAGCCAUACAUGGACACAUGCUACAAGAGAACCUACCUAGCACGUGGCAAACAAGAGAUGUUACAUGUUUUACUGAUGCAUUGUUUCAGUCCCCUACAUGGUCCUAAAAAAUUAUUUUGCUCGGCAUUGUGUGUGUGUAGAAACCUACAUGCAGCAGCUUAAAUGUGAAAAUUAUGUGACUAAAGUGAACUUAAGAGAACUAAUUUUUAAAGAUUAACUUGUAUUUUGUUGUACGAAUUUCACGCAUGUCACUGUUUUGGCAUUGUUCACUCCCUUUAAAUGUCCUGCUUAUUUGUUUUGUAUUUGGACUGUACCAUGUCGCCUUUCAGCCUUUUGUAACGUGUUUCAUGUAUCAUUGAUGCCGUGUACAAAUGCAGUAAAGAAGCUCAUGAUGUACAGCUGGA